UACGCCCUUCAUCUGUGAGCGCUUGAUAAGCAAACAGCAGCUUCACUUUGCUUGACAUGUGAGUUUCAGUUUACACACAUUCUCUGUGAACUCAAACGAACCUCUUCCUGCUCACAUUUACUUCAGAAAUCAGACCUCAGCAAAGUUUGGAAGCACAAUGACAUCUCAGGUCUCAAAGACGGUCCUGAGACUGGAGGCUGAAGAAGUCCAGACACUGAAAGAUGGAAUUAAUUUUAAGAAACAACCAGAGGACGGCAAAUGUUACAUCAUCUACAAAGGCAAAGACAAAAUGCGAGCGUGUAGGAACCAGUGCAAACACCAAGGAGGACUCUUCAUUAAAGACAUAGAGGACAUUGACGGCCGAACAGUGCGCUGCACCAAACACUACUGGAAACUGAACGUGGCCACUAUGGAGUACGUCAACCCUCCAGACAGCUUCAUGCAGGACGAACUCGAGGCAGUGCUGUCAGAUACUGACGGUAGUUUAGAGCUGCUGGAGUUGAAUCCUCCAGACCCCUGGACCGCAGAGCCCCGAGAAGCACAAGAGCUACACGCCGGAGAGAUUACGCUGACCUACAUCACACAUGCAUGUAUGGAGCUGAAAGCUGGGAACAAGCGGAUGAUGUUCGACCCGUGGCUCACAGGACCAGCGUUUGCGAGGGGCUGGUGGCUCCUUCACGAACCUCCGUCUGAUGCCAUGGACAGACUCAGUCAGGCCGAUCUCAUUUACAUCAGCCACAUGCAUUCAGAUCACCUGAGCUACCCGACUUUGCAACAGCUUUCCACGAAGCGUCCAGAUAUUCCCAUUUACGUCGGAGACACUUCACGGCCAGUGUUUUGGUAUCUUGAGAAAAGUGGAGUGAAUUUAACAAACAUCAACGUGGUGCCGUUCGGCGUGUGGCAAAAUGUCGAUGAGCACCUGCGAUUUAUGAUUCUGAUGGACGGAGUUCAUCCUGAGAUGGACACCUGCUUGAUCGUGGAGUAUAAAGGUCACAUGAUCCUGAACACGGUGGACUGCACCAGACCCAACAAUGGCCGUCUUCCUCACGGCGUUGAUGUGAUGUUGAGCGACUUCGCCGGCGGCGCCUCCGGUUUCCCCAUGACCUUCCACGGCGGCAAAUACACCGAAAGCUGGAAGGCAGGUUUCAUCAAGAACGAGAGAAAGAAGCUGUUAAACUAUAAGACGCAGCUGGUGAAAUCCCUGCAGCCCAAGAUCUACUGCCCUUUUGCUGGAUACUUCACUGAAGCGCAUCCCUCUGACCGGUACAUAAAGGAGACAAAUAUCAAGAACAGCGCAGCAGAUCUUAAUGAAUCGAUAAGGAAGAGCUGUCCGAACAUCUUAACCUGGACUCCUUCACCCGGGUCAGUCCUGGAUUUGGCCCUCGCGCUAAAUGACCCAACCAACAGGAGUGCUAUCACUGAACCGCCCAACGACACAAAGAUCUAUAAGGACAGUUGGGACUUUGACUUAUAUUUGGACGAACUGAAUGCUUCCAUUUCAGCUGAAAUCUUUAAAUACAAAAGCUGGAUCCAGUACUAUUAUAAGUGGGCAGGAUUUAAAGGCUACAAUCUGGUCAUUCGGGUCAUUGAAACGGAUGAUGAUUUUGAGCCUCUGAAGGGAGGUUAUGACUAUCUAGUGGACUUUCUGGAUCUUUCUUUCCCAGACGUGCGUCCGGAGAGAGAUCACGCGUUUGAGGAGAUCAAGAAUCGAGUUAAUGUGAUGAGACACGUGGUUUUGAACGGCCGGCUGUGGGACGACCUGUACAUCGGCUUCAGUAACAGAAUGAGUCGAGAUCCUGAUGUUUAUCACCACAGGUUCUGGAAUCAUUUUCAGACAGAACUGCCUCUAUCCGCACCAGACUGGGAUGGUUUCCUUCAGACGGUCUGUGAAAUCAGGAACAGCUGUGCGCGUAAUGUCUCUUUACAUCAGGGUUACGGUUUUACUGUUCCGUGGCUCAGUGGUAGAGCAUUGCAUUAGCAGUGCAAGGGUUGUGGGUUCAAUUCCCAAGGAACACAAAAAUAAU